AUGGGGCCCCCAGGCAAUAGGGGAUCAUGGGGCCCCUGUGUCCUUGCCCAAACUCAAAAAAGCCUAUGAAAAAGGUACCAAGGGCAUCUCAUGGGGGCCCCUACUGACCCCGGGCCCUGCCCAAGUUUCCAAAUGGAACGUGGAGGAACACAAGUUCCAGCACCUACGGCACCUAUUCAAUGGCGGACUGGCAACUCAUGGGGCCCCCAGGAAAUAGGGGAUCAUGGGGCCCCUGUGUCCUUGCCCACACUCAAAGGACACCCAAAAAAAGCUUAUAAAAGGUACCAGGGGCAUUUCAUGGGGCCCCCUACUGACCCUGGGCCCUCGGGCAGUGCCUGAGUGCUGAAAUGGUCAGUCCUCCCCUGCACC